AUGGCUGACGCGCUCAAGGCUGAAGGUAACAAGGCCUUCUCGGCCAAGGAUUACUCUACCGCAGUUGAAAAAUUCACACAGGCGAUUGCGAUUGAGCCCGAAAACCACAUCCUGUACUCCAACCGAUCCGCCGUCUAUUCUGCUCAAAACGAGUACCAGAAAGCUCUUGAGGAUGCCGACAAAGCCGUGACCAUCAAGCCCGACUGGUCCAAGGGCUACGUCCGCAGAGGUGCCGCUUACCGGGGUAUUGGCGAUCUUUCACAGAUGGGGGCUAAUAGGAAGAGGAUAGUGGCUGCACACGACGCAUACGAGGAGGCUUUGAAGCUUGAACCUGGUAACGACCAGGCCAAGUCCGGUCUGAACGCUGUCCAGCGGGCCAUCAAUGCUGAGGCUACUGCUGAUGGCGUCCAGGGUGAUCCUACUGGUGGUUUGGGUGGCAUGUUCAACGACCCUGGUCUUUUCCAGAAGCUCGCCAGCAAUCCCAAGACCGCAAGCCUGCUGGGCGAUGCCGAGUUCAUGGCCAAGCUGAAGAAGAUCCAACAAAACCCCAACAGUGUUGGCGAAGAGAUCCGUGAUCCUCGCUUCUUGCAGGUCAUGAGUGUUCUUCUCGGAAUCGAUAUGAGCUUUGGCGCUGACGGCGAGGCCCCCACCGCUGAUGCGCCGGCUCAAUCCACCUCUGAAGCUAAGCCUGCCCCCACCCAGCCCAAGAAGGAGCCCACACCAGAGCCCGAGGACGAAGAGGCGAUUGCCAAGAAGAAGGCCCAGGAGGCUGGAGAUGCCGAGAAGAAGAUUGGCAACGAUUACUACAAGAAGAAAGAGCUCGACAAGGCCAUUGAGCACUACGAGAAGGCCUGGGAGCUGAACAAGGACAUCACAUACCUGAACAAUAUCGGCGCAGCUAAGUUCGAAAAGGGCGACUACCAAGGCACCAUUGAGGUCUGUCAGAAGGCUGUUGAAGAGGGCCGCGAGCUUCGCGCUGACUGGAAGCUCACUGCUAAGGCGUUCACGCGAAUCGGUUCUGCCUAUGAAAAGCUGGGCGACCUCACCCAGGCCAUCGAGAACUACAACAAGUCCCUCACCGAGCACCGUACCCCCGAGGCCCUGACCAAGCUCCGUGCCGCCGAGAAGGCCAAGAUCACCGCAGAGAAGGAUGCCUACAUCUCCCCUGAGCUCGCAGAGAAGGCCCGCGAACUCGGUCAGCAGAGAUUCCAAGAGGCCGACUGGCCUGGUGCCGUGGACGCUUUCACCGAGAUGACCAAGCGUGCGCCCCAGGAUCCUCGUGGUUUCUCCAACCGUGCUGCGGCGCUGAUCAAGCUGAUGGCGUUCCCCCAAGCUGUUCAAGAUUGUGACGCGGCGAUUUCCCGCGAUCCCAAGUUCAUCCGCGCCUACAUGCGCAAGGGCCAGGCUCUUGUUGCUAUGAAGGAGUACAACCGUGCCAUUGACACUUUCACCGAGGCUGCCGAACACGAUGACGGUACACAUGCUCGUGAGAUUGAGCAGCAACAACAGAAGUGCUUGGAGGCGCAGUUCAGUGCUCGCGCUGGUGAGACUGAGCAGCAAACGAUGGAGCGCAUCCAGAAUGACCCCGAGAUCAUGGCCAUUCUCGGCGACCCUGUCAUGCAGAGUAUUCUUAACCAGGCCAAGAGUGAUCCCGCUGCCCUCCAGGAGCACAUGAAGAACGCAUCUGUGCGAAUCAAGAUCCAGAAACUGAUGGCUGCUGGUGUCAUUCGCAUGGGUCGGUAA